AUAAAUCUACGCAUCCACUCCUGCAGCAGUUCGCCAUUUUUUUGCCCUGGCCGCUAGGCUGGACAGGGUCUCGGCCAGCUCUGGGAGUGGAACCACGCCUGUGCCGCCGUAGCAGAGCCUGCGCUUUUUAACCUUGGACGGCGUCUUUUCCACCGUCGACAGUGCUUCCUGUUGCUUGCCAGGAUCGUUUAGUUUAAAGUUUGAGCCAGAAAUGGAUGAGAAGAUGGUAGUAUACAUUGAUCAGAUGGGAUGCAGACUGGAUGAAAGCAUCUCCUUGGCUAACUGGUGCCCUUGAGAUUUGAUUAUGCCUGUCGAUGGUGUUGAACUGUUGAUGGUUUUUAUCCUACUGGGAUUGAUCUGGUACUCUUCUAUACCUGGUAGUUAGCUAUAUUUGCCAUUAUGUCUGAAUGUGGAUGGUUCAUCCCUAACAUGGUUAAAACAAUUCUAGACAGUAAGUUUAUUACAAACUAUAGCAUCUUCAAGAUUUUAACUAGGUAUAUUUUGGCCUCUCCCAGCAUAUUAUUUACUCUUUUGACAUAUCAGCAUAAUUUCUAAGCUUCCACUUAAACAAUUAUGUUUAUGCACUACUUUUAUCCUUCAAGAUUCAAGUUCAACAAAGUAGUAGAUGUAACUAUGUAUGCGUGUAACUGAGAUACAAUUUGAAUUGUAGCUAAGGACUCGGGACUAGUGAGUCAUAUGUGUCAAUGUAUGCUGCGCUUUCAUUUUGCCAAACAUCAGAAGCAGAGUAAAACACGUCAUGCUUAGUGCAGUGUUUUGGCAUCUGAUCUCACCUAUGCCCUCUAAAAAAGUCUGUUCGCAAACUUAAAAAGUUUCACAAAAAUUGAACACAUGUACAUAUUUGGGUAUUAAGUUCAAUUAUAAAAUAAAUUCCGUGCAAAAAAGCUAUUAUGUUAGCCUUCAUCAUUUUAUAAUUUUUGCACUGCACAAAAAUUUGCAAAUGCAAAUAGUACUCGAACAUGUACAUGUGUGUUUUCCUUCUUUAUUUUUAAAAAUAUCAAUUUGUUUUCGAUGUAAUUCUCGUGUACAAGGAUGUCACAUCACACCUAGAUGAUCAGGAAAACAAUUUCACUUUUGUUCUUUCUGGUUGGAGACAAUUCGGUGAUUCCAAGGGGAGAAGCUUAAUUACCAGAGCAACAUUACACACCAUGAUUCCCUUCCAUUCAUUCCAGAUCACCUGGCACUCCCAUACAUCGCACAAAUCCUCAUGGAGGAGGAGGAGGAUGACGACGUUGACCAAGAUAACCCGGCGCUCCUCAAAGCCCAGCGUCCCUUUGCCCAAAUCCUCUCCUCCAGCACGCAUGCAUCCAAAGGGAGCGCCUUGGCCAGCGACGUGCACUCUCCCAGCCCGGCCACCUUCAAGUUCAAGGGCGUUGAUGAGGUCCGCAGCUUGCUGUUGCUCGCCAAUGGAGAGGACAACACUCACAUCUUCAGCACUGCUUUCCUCAAGGGCAUGGAAGAGGCCAAGAAGUUCUUGCCCACGAACUGUGAGCUGACGACCACCGGUGCGCAGGACCAGCCGAAAGAGAAAAGUGGCAGCGGCCGCGAGGACCGGAGCGACGAGGUGGAGGCUGAUGCCAGUAGGACGAACGGAUCCGUCGGAGCUCGUGCCUGCGAGGUGUUCGACUUCGAUCAAAUGUGCAGUUCCAUGGACAACGAGACCGGGAGCAGUAGCAAGAAGGGGAGGAAGAGCAAGGCGCGGGUGAUUGACCUGCACACGCUGCUGAUCCACUGUGCCAGGGCGACGACGGAUGAUCGCCGGAGGGCAGGUGAGCUGCUCAUGGAGAUCCAGCUGCACGCCUCACCCGCCGGCGACGGCACACAGCGGCUUGCCUACUGGUUCGCUGAGGGGCUGGAGGCACGGCUCGCCGGCACAGGCAGCCAGGUGUAUGGGACGAUUACGGCGAAGGCCACCUCUGCCGUGGUGCACUCAGAGGCUUACCAGGCAUUCAUCUCGACGUGCUGCUUCAGGAAUGUGUCCAUCUUGUUCGCCAAUAGGGCCAUCCUCAACGCGGCGGCCGGGAGGAGCAGGUUGCACAUCGUUGAUUAUGGCUUUUGCUAUGGAUUCCAGUGGUCAGAACUUCUGCGCUCGCUGGCAGCGAGGGAUGGCGGCUCGCCGGAAGUCAGGAUCACCCACAUUGACCUCCCGCAGCCCGGACUCCACCCCGGAAGACAUAUGGAGGAGGUCGGUGGUCGGCUGACCGACAUUGCCCGAGAGCUCGGUGUGCCAUUCAAGUACCGUGCCAUCUUGGCGCAGUGGCAGACCGUUUGCGCCGAGGACCUGGACCUGGAAGAAGAUGAGGUGCUUGCCGUGAACGACCUGUACAAUUUCAGGACCUUAAUGGACGAGUGCGUCGUCGUAGGCAGCCCGAACCCCCGCGACGUCGUCCUCAGCAACGUCUGCAGGAUGAAGCCGGACGUGUUCGUCCAGAGCACCGUGAACGGCUCCUACGGCACCUUCUUCCUGUCACGGUUCCGAGGGGCGCUCUUCUUCUACUCUGCGAUGUUCGACAUGCUUGAUGCGACCAUGCCGCGGGAGAGCGAGCUGCGGCUGGCGCUGGAGCGCGGCGUCUUUGGGUGGGUCGCCCUGAACGCCGUCGCGUACGAGGGAGAGGACCGGGUGGAGCGCGGCGAGACAUUCAGGCAUUGGCAAGUCAGGAACCAACGGGCAGGCCUGAGGCAGCUGCCGCUGGACAAAGAGACUGUUAAGAUGGCCAGGGACAUGGUGAAGAAUGAAUACCACAAGGACUUUGUCAUCGACGAGGACCAACAAUGGGUCGAUCACCGGUGGCUUCUGCAAGGAUGGAAAGGCCGGGCGCUCUAUGCCCACUCCACACGGGCAGCUGGUGGUGCUGCUGGUUCUCAAGUGUGAUGGACUACUGAAGUACUGAUAGAUGCUACUUUUUUCAGUG